CAAAACCAAGUCUCGGUUUGACAUAAUGUCAUCUAUAGUGUUCUGGGCUGGAGUUAUCGGGGCUUGGCUUGUAGGCAGCUCCUACUCCCAAACACUGGAUCCGAUUGAGGAUAUGUGCGCGCGCUGGGACCAUCAAUCUGUAGUAAAGAACAAUGUACUGUAUAUCGAUGGUGGUGUCGAGACAUUCGACUACAAUGGUGGUAGGAUACUAGGUUACAAUCAGUGGCUUAUCCGGGUCGACAUGAGCGACUCUUGGGACUGGAAGACGAACAUUUCCGACCGAAGAAUAGAGAAGACUCAGAACAGCGGCACCGGCACCUACCCUCCCAGCCUUGCAAGAGGUGCUCUCUUCCAAGGUCCGCAAAACGACACGAAGAUCUACACUUACGGAGGAACGGCUGUCAUGGCAAACCAGAGCUUUCCUGGCUGGGUUCAGCCGGAGGUCGAAACAUACACGCUGUGGUCUUACGACACGUCGGGGCAAAACUGGCAGCAGUAUGAUGUUACAUCGGGAAGCCCUCGGCGGCCAAACUAUGGCGCUCAUGCUGAAGCUCCUGCUCUCGGUCUUGCCUUCUUUCUCAAUGGUCAGCUUGACCAAGGUUCUAGCAUCGUCACUAAAGACUGGUGGAAAAACACAACAGAGUACCUUGACGGAUUAAUUAUAGUUGAUACAGUUCAGCAAACUACAAGGAACGCGUCGACAAAGAGCCUAGGAUCACCACGCGUUGGAGGAGGACUGCAGUAUAUCGAGAAUAUCAGUUCCAACGGUAUUCUGGUUGCACUUGGGGGUAUGAGAAGUGCAGGAGCACGCACGGAAAACAGCACGAAUGGAGUUCUGAUCGACUUCACCACCGUCGGCAUCACUGACGACUUUGUUGGCAACGGAGAUGUCACUUGGUACAAUCAGACUACUACAGGGGACAUACCACCUGCCCGUGUCGAUUUUUGCAUCACUGCCGUCUCUGCGUCGGAUAACUCUAGCUAUAACAUAUAUCUAUACGGCGGAUAUGAUCCAAUCAAUUCGACCAUGUAUGAUGACAUAUACGUGCUCUCGUUGCCGUCCUUCACGUGGACAAAGCUAUUCGGACCUGGAGAAAGCGCCCGCUACGGACAUACCUGCCACUUGGUCGGCAAGCGGCAGAUGCUCACAGUCGGCGGAUCUCUGGAUGCAAAAGCAUACGCCAUCGAGACAACAGCUGCACCACUGAAUCUCAGUUCCCUGCAAUGCGAUUGGGAAGAGAAAGGCGUUGCUAUAUACGACAUGAGCACGCUCGAAUGGGGAUCAGUAUUCAAUGCGUACAAAGUGGCUUAUCAGGUGCCGCAGAAACUCUUUGCUGUGAUCGGGGGGACCGGCGACGGAAAAGCCACCAUGACAGCGCCAGCCAACGGUUUCGCCCAAGCAGCCAUCUCGACAAUGUUCAACCCACCACCAACCACGUCAGCCGCAUCGUCCACAGCCUCCAACUCUGCAUCCAACGAGACCAACACCGGCGCCAUCGCCGGGGGCGUGGUGGGCGGUGUAGCGGGCUUGGCCUUGAUUGUUGGAGCUGUCUUUUGGGCACUGCGCUCAAAGAAGCGCCAGAAGCGCCAUGACCCGAACGCUCCAGAAAUGGAUCACGAAGCAACUCGCCAGGAAAUGGAGUCUGCCUUGCCACCACGUGAACUCCUUGUGGAUGAGAGGCCGUCGGAGGUGGGUGCGCAUAAAGAACCUGUAGAGAUGGAUGCUUAUAGUAAGCCUACGGAGAUGGAUGCGGCUCAUGAGCAUCCAGUGGAGUUGCCUGGUGACCAGCGUUAAGGGCGUAGAAUCUUAUGCGGGG